UUGCGGAGCACCCGUGCCGUAUCCGCCCUUGCAUAUUGUUCGGACAUUAUGAUACGACAGUACCAAUUCAGAACUUACUAAUUGCACUUACAGCGUUUCACGUGUUCAAGGACAGUUUUUUUUAGAAAUAACAAGGACUUCGUUAUUAAGUUUAAAAAAUAAUUUUAGUGUUAAACCUGAACUCAUGUGAGUGAUUAAUCCAGACAUUUCACCGGACGAUCGAUCACGUACUCAGCCGAUAUUUUGUAGGCGACAUCGUCGGUCGAUAAUCGAAGCGACGUCCCGACUUUUUUAUAUAUUUUUUUUCUCUGUGUGUUAUAAUUUAUUUAUCCUCAUUAACUGUGAUGGACGAGUUCGGUCACAUUCUUCGAGAUUACUCAUUUAUGACAUGAGGACUGUGGGUGGAAGAUUAAAAAGUUUUAGAGCGCACAAAAUCACUGCCGACUGUUAAAAACUUUUCUGUGGACUCUUCAAGUUAAAAACAGCACAACUGCGCUUAUACCUUUUUAAACGUUAUGUGUAGUUGUUGAAAAUGGAGACUCUGGUAUUGAUCCCUCAAGAGCUGAGCUUGGCUUUAAGGCCUGGUGGAGCGAGGGGGCGAGAGGCUUCCGUCAGCGUUUGGACAUCAACGGAGCUGCAGCGAGGGUCUCUGCUAUAUCCCUUUCAGGGUACCAUCAGGAUUGAUAAGCUCCACGUUUACUCCUACGUUCCAGAUCAUGAUAUUCGUCAUCGAUUUGGCCUCUUUGAUGAAGUUUGCACGUCUGGAGGAAUACAAGUUCGUCACUGUAACUGGGUUCGAUUUCUGCGCGUUUCAGAAAAUUAUGGACCACAAGUAAACCUAGUCUGCACAAAAGUAAAAGGCGAACCAGUCUAUGAAGCCGUCAAACCAGUGUCAGCCCAUACAGAGCUGGUAGUGUACUACCUUCCCGAAAGACCUGAGGAAAUGUUCUUUGUGAAGAUGAGGAAUAACUUAUAUAGACAGACCAUGGACUCAAUAUUAGAAGAUUCUCCAUUAGACCUAUCCACUUCUCUCUUAUCCCGGGUAUUAUUACCAAUAUCGCCACCAUCGGGAACUGAGGAUGAACACAAAUCGGUCUCAGGAGAUUCUCUCACAUCGUCAUCAGUCGGUUCGAGUGAGAUCUUAGAGAUGACUCCUAAGAUUCAAAGAAGGCCUGCGAAAUCAGAGAGAGCGCUGUUACCUUGUGAAGUCUGUGGAAAGGCCUUUGAUAGACCUUCGUUAUUGAAGAGACAUAUGAGAACACACACAGGUGAAAAACCGCAUGUUUGUAUGGUCUGCAACAAGGGAUUCAGUACGUCAAGUAGUCUUAACACCCAUAGAAGAAUACAUUCCGGUGAAAAACCUCAUCAAUGUCAACACUGCGGAAAGAGAUUUACAGCCAGUUCCAAUUUGUAUUACCAUCGAAUGACACAUAUUAAGGAGAAGCCCCACAAAUGCAGUCUCUGUUCGAAAUCAUUCCCGACUCCUGGUGACCUGAAGAGCCACAUGUACGUCCACAGCGGAUCCUGGCCUUACAAAUGUCAUAUCUGCUCUAGAGGCUUCUCGAAGCAUACUAAUCUGAAGAAUCAUCUGUUUUUGCAUACCGCAAAACAUCAAAGAAACAGCGCAAGAGACGCCACGUGAAUUUAAAUACUAAGAACUAACUUAUCUUUUAGACUGUCUAUAAUUACGUUUAUAAAACAGACUUAAUACGUACAUUAAGUAAGUACAUAAUGGAUACCAAUAUAAUAUAACAAUAUUUUCGUCCUUGUAAAGACUAGACUAAGGCUCACCUCAGCACUUACAACUUAAGAAGAAGUGAAAAAGUCUGCGCGGAAAAAUACAGACAUAGUUGACGCUUGAGAAUGAAUCUUGUGCUGAUAGCAAAAAUGGUGAUCCACGCAGAAUUAUAUACAGGGUUAUUUGUAAAAUACUAACAACCCUGCAGGACUGUAUAACGAACGUCAUAAACAAUAACUUUUAGAAGAAAACAUCGCCGGUUCCAUAACCGCGGGUGCGGGUCGACGGGGAAGCAGCUUGCAUGUUUUUACAGCUUGCAUGUUUGUUGUGCUUUUACUUGUGUGCGCUGCGCGCGUGCUGCACAUAAUGCACGUGUAUAGCUCACGAGCCUUUUGCAAGUAAGCCCAUUUGGGGCACAUUCGCCAGACCUGUAAAGCACCCUAAUAAUAAUAACUCACAUACUCAUAGUCGCACGCUACAGAAACCCUGCAUUGAGGGUGCCAUAUACAACGACAAAAUACACUCAAACUCACGAGAGAAAUAAACGUAGGCGAUGUAAAUAUUUCUUCCGGCCCAGGAAUCGAACCCGAAACUUCUGCGUAGCAGACCAGCAUAGUAACCGUUCGGCCAGUCUUACUACCUUACUACCAAAUACAGGCCGAAUAAGUAUCACAGAGUCCAACAAAAAUGAAAAGGUUACUUCUGGUAAAUUUAUUAUGUUGUAAGUUGAAGAAGUUUAUGAUUUCAGUAAUAUGUUUAGUCCUCUGACGUUGUUAGUAUUUUACAAAUUACUCUGUAUAUAUCUUAGGUUCAAUUUACAUUGCCGCAGAACGGAAUACUUAGCAUAUAAUAGCAUAAAGAUUAUGUGAAUUGUGUAAAGUAGAAACUAGAUACCAGCCAGAAAACAGGACUCGCGUUUUGUAAAGAAUUCUUGCGCAAUUUCAAGAAUUCCCGCCGCUACCGUAUCGUGUUUAGUUUGUACGUUACAUAAUAGACAUAACGUUCGUUGUGCUAUGUAUAAAUGUAUUACAAAACUUUGCUUCCAUUCCAUAUGACUUAUAAAUCGGCCUUGUAGUACAGAAAAUAGGCGCUAAUACCAUCUUAGUAUAAGAUAUUUCAGCACGAAAUGAUUAACAUGUUUUUGUUAUUCAGAACGGUCGCCUGGUUUAAGCUAUUGCGGUGGCAAUUGCGAUAAUAAAAUCAGUUAUAUUAAAUAAACGCAGUUUAUAUAGACACCAGAAUCGCAGUUGUUUGGCGCUGAGUAACAAAUAACGCCCAAAUAUUUUACUUCUUGUUCUUAUUUUUAUGUUUAUACAAAAACUGAAUUAUACAAAUGUGUGAUAUUAGUAAUUAAAUAGGUGUUAAGUUUUUAUUUAUUUCAGAGGGUAAUUGAUUUAAUGUAAAUGGAUAUGAUUUACACGCUUAAAAUUAGAUAGUAUGUAUAAUGUUUCUGGGUUUUACUUGACUUAUAAAAGAUCUACUGCGUUAGGAAAGGCAUAUGUAUACGAUAUUUUUUCGCCUAUCUAGCGAGAUCGUGGCGUGGCCAAAAACAUGGUAAAUAAGGUACUGCUCAAGCAAUACUACAGCGGUAGGCCGCUAAUAUUGCUGGUUUCUAUGAAAAUGGACGUC